AUGAAGCCUGGUACUUGGACAGAGCACGGCGCGGUUCUCACUUCCGAACCGGGAGACGUUUACAACGCGAUUGACCCCAACAUUAUUGACGCUCAUGGCCUCAAGUUCACAUUUGGCUCGUACUGGCAGGGCAUGUACCAAGUUGACCUGAAGAAUGCUACUACCAAGGCCUCCUCGCCUCCGGGUCGGCAUAUGGCGGGAACGAACGGGCGCCCAGCAGAAGGUGGCUUUGUGUACCAGCCGAAGCUCUCGCCGUACUACUACUACUUUUUCUCAUACGGCAUCACGCCCUUGGUCGGCGCUACCAGCCGCCCUGACGAAGGCGCUGAGUACAGGGUGCUCGUUGGACGUGGCAAGAGCGCCGAGGGUCCGUUUCAUGACAAGGACGGUCACGAGCUCACCGAGGACAUCGACCCCCCGGCUGGAUCGCUUGUACUCGGGAGCCAUGAUAAUAUAUACGCUCCUGGUGGCCAAGCUGUCAUUCACGAUCCUCUCAGUGGUCGCGAUGUCAUGGUCUAUCAUUACGUUCCCAAUGACGCUGAAGUUGGUGGGCCGUCAUACCUGGGCAUCAACUACCUCGACUUCAGCAACGCUAGUGCAAGCAAUUCUCUUGGUACUAGUCCAGAAGCCGCUUGGGGUAUGACCCCUACAGACUGGUCGUCUCAAUCCAAGAUUCCCCUGCGUGUAGAUUGGAAGCAUAGCUAUGAGCGUGCGUUAUGGACCUUGAUACCUUCGGAUGAGGUUCUGAGCACGAUCUUACAACGUCUGCUGAUGUUGCGUUCCCGAGGUUUCAAUUCCUCCUGGAGUGUUGUUCUUCCUCCAGGCGAAACCUAUAGAUAUACAUUCGUGCCAUUGGCUUUAGAGGGCAUCACAAUCACCAGACAACCAUAUACGGCCAGACCGACUCGUCAGCCAGUAGCUCCGAACGUCUACUUACCCCCCUACACCGGCUUCCCAGAACUGGCGUGCGCCGCUCAUCCGUACAUUGCUAUACUGGCCGCUGUAGCACACCUGCGACAACACGAACAGAAGCUCUCACCUGAGCAAUUGCAAGCAUACUCGAUGAUGGAACACAUACGGUCGCUCUGGAUCCAACUCAGCUCGAAGAUUAUAGACGAUUCUGUUCUUCCCUCUAUCGAGACGCCGAAGGGCAACGCCAACGGAUCAGAUGACUCCACGAACACACGGGUGAAGAGGCCGCGGACGUCCUCGCCAGCCUAG